AUGGUCUACCCCCGUCUGUCAGUGAUACCAAUGGGUUGGAGCUGGGCCCUGUGGAUGUGUCAAACGGUCCAUGAACGUAUUGUGGAACAGGCUGGAGCUUCCCCGGAGAACCGCAUUGUAGAUAAGCAGGUGACGCCAGACCUUCAUCGGGCGUGCCAUUCGCAGUAUGUGGACAACUUCAUCGCUGUCUCUACUGACGCCAGUGCUGUUCGCUCUCUCGUUGCGGAUGCGAUUCGUGCUCUUGAAGGGCGGGGUCUCGUCGUUCAUGAGGAGGAGUAUUCGGGGGAGGACAAGGUGGCCCAAGUUUGGGGGUGGCAGAUCGACGGGUCCCGGGGCCGCGUGGCUGCCACCCCGGUCCGUCUCUGGAGGGCCCGCCUGGCCAUUCGGGCGGUCCUCCGGAGGGGUAGGUGCUCUGGGCGGGACCUGGAGCGCCUCCUGGGGCAUCUUGUCUUCCUCUCCCUGGUCCGCCGGGAGGGGCUAUCGCUGUUCUGGUCGUGCUAUGCCUUCGUCAGGAAGAAUUGCACCCAGGAUGUGCGUCUGUGGGCUUCGGUACGUCGCGAGCUCUCUCUCUGGGAUGGGCUGGCUCCUCUCCUCUGGCGGGUCCUACGGGCGGGCUGGAGCGACGAGGUGGUGGCCGUCGAUGCUAGUGAGUGGGGGCUGGGGGCGUGCGCCGCUCAUUGUGGGGCCUCCCUGGGCCGGAGCGUCGGCCGGGCCUCGGAGCGUUGGCGCUGGGGUCGGGUCGGCGCCGCCAUGGGCCCUCGUCGCCACGCGCUGGACCACGCUCGUAAAGCUGAGGCGGCGGCGGCCCUGGCGGGGGAGGCCCGCGAGGCUGCCCCCUGGAUCGCCGCCGCCAGCGACGUCCCAGGGCCCGAGUGCGCUCCCCCCCAGCCCCCCUUGGCUGGCUCAGGUGUCCUGGACAGCCCCGGUGACGUCUUCGGGUUCGGUCGGGUCAAGCGGGUCGUGGACUUCCCAGAGGUCCCGCGGGAGAUGAUCGAGCUGCAGUGGUCCGUCGUCGGUCGCUUCCUUUGGAGGCGCAAGGGGGAGAGUAUCGCCGUGUACGAGGCUAGGGCCACCCUGUACGGGUUUCGUCAUCUCCUUCGUUCGUCCCGGAACCUUGGGAAGCACCUGUUGGUCCUGGGGGACUCGCAGUCGACGGCCGGUGCGGUGACGCGGUUUCGGAGCGACAGCCGUAGCGUGAUGCGGGUCGCCCAGGCGAUCGCGGCCCUCUCGCUCGCUACCGGCUCGGCCCUGCACUAUCGGUGGUUGCCCUCGGAGUGGAACGCCUCUGGGCUCCUGCGGUUCCAGGCCAAGCGGGGGGCCACCCGUGGUGCCAUGACGGCGAACCUCUCUACGUCUGCACGGGCCCCCGGCCCGCCGCGCCGACAGCGAGCCGUUGCCCGCCCUCCUCCAGCCGUGAGGAGGCUCCUGGCGGUGGCCUGCGUUGCGGCCCAGCGGAGGGCCUCUGCCGUCGCAGUGGGGCCCACAGUGCUGGAGAGCGCCUCGGUUCAGCCUCGGGCGCGACAGAAGUGCCAGUCGCAGUUCACCGAGGUCCUGGCUUGGCUCCCCGUCCCGAUGGCCACCUCCGAGGCGGGCGUCGACCUAAAGCUCGUGGGGUGGCUGGUCGCGCGGUACCUGGGCGGCGAGGACCUGGCGAGCGCCCCCUGCUGGGCCACCACGCUUCACGCGCAGGGGGUCAGGAGGUCGCCCAAGACGGACAAGUUCGACAAGUCCAUACGCCUGGAUCUGGAGCGGCAUGCCCCGCUCGUGCCAGGGCUCAAGGCCCUCUCUCAGGGCCGGAGUCCGCCCUCGCCGCUCGUCGUCGUCGCCCCGCAGGUCGUGGUGACGACGGUGUGCAACGUCGUGCGCAGCCACAAGCUGGACGUGUACCUCGGCGACGUCCCUUUGUCCCAGCUCAAGCACGGCGGCGCCUCGCACGACUCCGCCAAGGCCUUCAGGGGCCUGAAGGACGUGUGGCGCCGCGGGCGCUGGCGGUGGUGGGCUUUGGCCAGGCGCUACGCGAAGGGCAGCCGCCUCGGCCAGGUGCUGCUCGAGCUGCCCAAGGACCUCCGCGCCCCCGCGCUGUCCUGCGAGCGCUCGAUGGCCUCCAUCGUCCGCUUCUUCCUCGAGGUCUUCUCGGGGUCAGGCCGGCUCGGCCAGGCAGUCGCGAGGGAAGGCGUGGACGUUCUUCUCUGGGACGUGGAGCUGGGUGCCGAUUACGACCUUCGUCUGGCUCGGAACCGCAGCCUCAUCAGAGGAUGGAUCCGCUCGGGCAUCGUGAUCGGACCUCCACCAUUGAGGUCAAACGCGUCACCCAUGGGCCUCAACGAUUUGAACCCCGCCGACGCCGACAAGGUUCGCGUCGGGAACUUGUUAAUGUUUUUCUCCGUGGCGGUGAUGCGUGAGGCUAUGCUCUUGGGUAUACCAGCUACUCUUGAGAACCCCGCCCGAAGCCGCAUUUGGAUUUGCCCCGCCACGCAGAGACUUCAAAAAUCCAACAAGAUCAAUUUCACUGUCACCGAUUUCUGCAUGUGGGGCGCCCAGUGGAGGAAGUCGACCGGUUUCCUCAGCACGGGUCUGUGCAUGGACGCCCUCGCCGAAGCUCGUUGUCUCGGCGCCAAGCGUGGCCUGUGCAAGCGCUCCGGCCAGCCGCGCAUCCCCAUCCAAGGGAAAAACGACAAGGGUGUGUUCUGGUCCAAGAUCGCCGAGCCUUAUCCUCCUGGACUUUGUAGAGCCCUGGCUUCUAUUUACUACAAUGCGUGGGCCCCGUCUAGAGCCGAGUUGUUCACUGAGAAGGUGUUUGCG